CCCUCCCUCCCUGAUCUCACCCAUUCCCUCGCUCCCUCCCGGACUUGUUCUCUCCAUGUCCUGCUCUAUCCUUAAGGACUGGAAAAUGUAAGCUGGGCAAGAGGAGUCUGAGCUUGGGGCUGCAGAACCAUGAAGCUCCCUCCCCACUUCUGUUCAUCUACUUGGAGCCAUGUGGACCGCUGGGCUUUAAGGGAGAUGUCUGAUCUGGGAUGCCAUGUAGUACAGGUCGAGGGGACUCGAAGGACAAUGUGUGUAACAGCACUGAUCUUCCAGAGGUUGAAAUCAUCAGUCUGCUGGAAGAGCAGCUGCCACACUAUCAGUUGAGAGCCGACACCAUCUACGGCUAUGAGCACGACGACUGGCUACACACACCUCUCGUCUCCCCCGACGCCAGCCUUGACCUGACCAAUGAGCAGAUAGAGGAGACCCUCAAGUACUUCCUUCUGUGUGCUGACAGAGUGGGCCAGAUGACUAAGACAUACAAUGACAUAGAUGCUGUUACACGUUUGCUUGAAGAGAAAGAGCGGGACUUGGAGUUGGCGGCCCAUAUCGGUCAGUCCCUGCUGAAGAAAAACAAAACCCUGAGUGAGAGAAAUGAUCUCCUGGAGGUACAGGUGGAGCACAUGCGGGAGGAGGUUGCUCAACUGCGUCAUGACCUCUCUAUGAAGGAUGACUUGCUUCAGUUCUAUACCAGUGCUGCUGAGGAGAGUGAGGGAGAGUCUGUAACCUCUACCCCUGUCCGGCGGAAUGACUCAUCUGUGUCAGGGACAAAUAUCUUCCCUCUGGACUCGCUGCAGAAGAAACUCCAAGACCUAGAGGAGGAGAAUGUUGUGUUGCGCUCUAAGGCCUGCCACUUGGAGACAGAGACCAUCUCCUAUGAAGAGAAAGAACAGCAGCUUGUUAAUGACUGUGUGAAAGAGCUGAGAGAUGCAAACCUGCAGAUCUCGUCGCUCGCUGAGGAACUGGCAAGAAAAACAGAGGAUGCCUCCAGGCAGCAGGAAGAGAUCACACACCUGCUCUCACAGAUCGUGGACCUGCAGAAAAAAGUCAAAUUUUAUGCAGUGGAGAAUGAGGAGCUCACCCAGCAUCUGGGAGCUGCUAAAGAUGCCCAGAGACAGCUCACUGCUGAGCUGCAGGAUUUGGAGGAUAAGUAUGCAGAGUGCAUGGAAAUGCUACAUGAGGCUCAGGAGGAGCUGAAGAACUUCAGGAACAAAACGAUGCCUCUGAGCACGCCGCGGCGCUUCCACUCCCUCGGCCUCUUCCCCAUGGAUUCCUUAGCUGCUGAAAUCGAAGGGACCAUGCGGAAAGAGAUUCAGAUGGCUGACCCAGAAGUAGAAGAACAGAGGUUGCACCCAAAGCGCGUCUUCCAGACAGUGCGCAACAUUAACCAGUCAGUUCGCCUGCGCUCCCUGGGCCCCUCCCCCAUGAACAUCCCAGGGUCCAAUCAGACAUCGACUAUGAAUUCUAGGCAGUCCAGUUGUCUGAGCACACCCAGGUCCAGUGUGUAUGGGGGAGAGGGGAGUGUCAUGGACAACCGCACCAACAGCAUGUUUGUGGAGGGUCACUCUCCACAGGAUGGCUCAGAUGACACAAACAAGAAGGCAGGCACACCGGGCGCACCAGGCUCCUGUGACCUGGAGGCGGCACUGCGGCGCCUCUCCCUCCGCCGCGACAACUACCUGAGCGAGCGGCGCUUCUUUGAGGAGGAGCGGGAGCGCAAGCUGAACGCACUGGCCAAAGAGAAGGGCGAGGAGGCACCCCAGGGCAGCGGCUCACUCACCCCCGCCGACAGCAUAAUCUCCUUGCGCUCAGUCUGCUCCAUCUACAGCCGCUCCUACCUGCCCGAGAAACUGCAGAUCGUCAAGCCCCUGGAAGUUUGUCUGCUCCUAACCCUUAGAGCAAUACAUGCACAAGCAAAACAGAAUCAGCUAGAAUUCUGCACAGUUCCUCCAAAUUCUGCUUGGAAGUUUGAGAAAGGGUCAGCCACCCUGCACGCAUGGCAGCAGCUUGCCCAGCCUAACCUGGGUGGCAUUCUGGAUGCCCGGCCAGGCGUGGUGACCAAGGGCUUUCGCCCACUGCAGUUAGACGUCGAGGAGGUGUACCAGUUCGCGGACUUGGAGGAGGAUGAGCCAGGCGAUCGCCAGCGCCUUCACACCACUCGCUCUGCCUCAGGCCUGGACUCAGUUCCAUGUUUGCCGGGUCCCUGCCACCAACGUACCACCAACUUCCACAGCCUGGAGGAGCAGAGUGGGGAGACCGGAGGAGACAUGGGGGCCUCCACACACCCAGAGCUGCCCUCUGAGGAGGAUGAGGAGGUGGCAUCUGUGCAUUUCCCUGGUAAAUGUAUGUCUCACACUAGCUCUACCUACACCUUCACUACCUGCCGAAUACUACACCCUUCAGAUGACCUGACCAGAGUGACGCCCAGCGUGAUGGCAGCAGCUCCGUCACUGGCCUCCAGUGUAAUGCCCAGCUGCAGUCUCCUCUCCACCCCAGUCUCCACCCCCUGCACACCACGCCGCCUCAGCCUUGCUGAGAGCUUUACCAACCUGCGUGACCACACAAAGACCACGAGCACCUCUCUGGGCCUGGUGCGUCUCCUACAGGAGCGAGGCAUCUACGCGGCCGUCUACAUCCCGUGCAGCUGGGACCGGGCCGAGAGAAACCCUGUACCCAAGCCCUCUUCCUCAGGUACAAACACCCCUGAGGCUGCAGGCCCGGGCAUGCUGCCAUCGACCCCGCCCAACUCACCCAUCAAGUCCAAAGCGACCUGCCCUGUGCUGCCUGUAGACUUCAGCCCCUCUGACCCACCCUAUGAGAACUUCCUGGCCUCGCGGCCAGCCAGCUCCAUUCUGAAAGAGAUACGGGGGGCAGAUGCCAAGACCCGUUCAGACUCCCAGUGCCAGACAGAGGUGAGUGUGCAGAAUCUCUGCCUGGUGGACAAGGUGAAGCAUUUCAGUUUUGGGCUGAGAGCCACAACACCAGAGCCUGUGCUGGGCCUAGCUGGGCCUCCGUUUGGAGCUCAUACUGGCGUUACCAGCUCAAUAGGAGGUCUGCCAGGGAUUCGAAGAAACCGAAGCUACCCGGUCAUGGUAGGGGCCAGCAUGGCGAUGAAGGGUCCAGGGCCAACCAGUGAUGACUUAAUCCUGGCCCCAAAGUUAUCCACACAGACAAGCCUCAGUGAGGAAUGAAUGUUGCCUUUUGUUCAGUCCCUUUUCUUUUCCUUGCUGUCUUGCAAACUUUUUUCUGUAAAAAUAUUAAUAAAGAACAUUACUCUUAUGACAGAUUGACAGUGCCUGUAAAUAAUCUAUACAAAGUAAUUUGUGUGGAUUAUUUUGUAUAGCAGCUGUGACUGUAAUAGCAUCAAUGUCUCUUGUUUUCUACAGUACAGUUCAUUCAGAGGUCAGUGUGUCAUUUCUGAUUUUGUGCUACUGGAUUUCCCUACUUUAUCAAAUGUGGAAUUUUUGUGGACUGUAAGAAAAUGUAGCAUAUUUAACUAUGAGGGAAUCUUAUGGUCCCUUUCCCUGGUUAAAACACCUUUUUAAGCACUUUUUUGAUUUUGGAAACAUUGGAAUGACUGUAAAAUAAGACGAUAUCUUUGUAUUCUCAUGUUCAGCUCAUCAUUGUCUUCCUGAGUUUGAGUACUAUGCGUUUCAGAGUUUGGAUGCCUUUUUCAGUUUGGCUAACUGAGUAACAGCUUAGCUAUUCGUGGUCAGAAUGAUGGACAGUGCAGCUAUGCCAAUUCAAGCCAUCCAAUUUCAACCCUCACCCAUUUCUCUCAAAUGAAUGUCAUUAUAUUAUUACCCUUAUAAGCAUUUUAAAAAGCUGUUUCAACAGCCCCACUAAUAUACCUAACUAUGUAUUUACAGCAUAUGCAUUUCUUUGAAUGGGUUGGUGUAAGUGUUUAUUACAAUGUAAUAAACAUUUGAAUGGCCCUUAAUAGAGGGUGAUGUUAGGAAAUGUAUACAAGUUAGCACUGCAAAUGGAGAUCCCUAUACUGUAGCGCUUCUCUCAGUCCAAAGUUCUGAUAAAUAACUAAUGAACUGUAGUGUGCGAAAGAGGCUGGUGCGUGAAUGAUCACAUUAGUAGGUUGCUUUAAUCUCACUUUAUAGACUUGAUGUACUAAUUUUGCUGACAGACCAAUAUUAUUAUUUCUAUGUGUAUGCACAAAUGCAGUGGAUCAAGUAAUCCAUGCAGUCGAGGUAUGAGGCACUUGAGGAAGGCAGACAUCUCAUACCCAGAUGGUUUGAAGACGGUGUCCAACUCUUCUGACAGACACUGUAACUACAGAAUCUUGGGCCUGUAUUAUGACGUGUCAAAGUUGCAGAGUUUGUUUUUGUUUUUUUUGUGUGUGUGUGUGUGUGAGGUUAUUUUAAGCUCUCUGAAGAAUGAAUUGUAAACUUUAAAUGCAUUAUAGUAGUUGAGUGUCUGCGGUGUGACUGAGUUCAUUGUGCCUGAUGAAUAGUGAAUUAUUUAAUCUUAUUUUGACUGAUGUCCAUCUGCCUCAUUACACACUGGCAUUUAUACUGUAACUAUAGGGUUAGGGUGACUGCAAAGAAGGUUUUUAACUAGCUGGCAAUGCUGAUGUCUGACAUAAUAGCCGAAGGAUAUUUGAUAGUAAACAUGAUGGAAGGCAUGUGUCAUAACUGUUGUCAAGUGUCCAUAUUCAUAAUCCAGUUCUUUUAAAUUGCAGAAAAAGGUCGUCUAAUAUGUGUACAAUUAACUUGAAUGUGUCAUUUUUGAAUGUAUUGCUGAACCACAGAGGUGUCCCACAUGAUGACUGUAUCUUCAUUUCAGUUAUGGGCUUCAUUUCCUCAGAUCACAAAAAGGGACAUUUUGCCGCUUGUUCAUUGUAAAUGGUAAAUAUGUGAGGACUGCUAACUUUUUAUAUAAAAAGUCACAAAAGUCACUUAAAAAUGAAGGGAACUAAAAUUAUGGCAAAAGAUGAGUUAAACAGUGGGUUUUUGUAUCCAGGAACUUCAGCUUAUAUGCUGAAAGUCUAUCAAUAAACCACUUGGUACAAA